GAUUCCAAUUUACCUCCAAGUUGUUAAUUUAACUAAAAUUUCCAAGAUACGUAGCUUUUCAAAUCAUCUCCUUCAUCUUUGCCAUUAGAGGUGGGGGGUGGGUUAAGUACAUGGAUUGGAGCUAGGGUUCGGGUUUGGUGGGAUGAUUGUUUCUUAUUUUGUCUUAAUUUAACUCAAUCUGGAUCAUGUGGUCGGAGAAAGAUUCUUUGCUUUGCUCGGGUGAUCUGAAUUUUAUUUUCCUUUUUGCGGAUUUUGUUGUGAUUCAGGGGAUAUUUUUUUAGGUAUAUCUAACGCGUUGUUGGGUAAAUAAGGAUCGGUUGAUUACAUAGAGAGGAGGGGAGGGGAUCGAGGAUGAAUUUCAAGAACAUGGGAUCGUCGUCGGACGGGAGGGACGGGCAGCCGCCGCCGCUGGCGCGGCAGCCGUCGGUAUACUCGCUGACGUUCGACGAGUUCCAGAGCACGCUCGGCGGGCACGGGAAGGACUUCGGGUCGAUGAACAUGGACGAGUUCGUCAAGAACAUCUGGACCGCGGAGGAGAGCCAGGUCAUAGCCGCCGCACUUGGCGGAGCCGUGGGCGGGGGCAUCGACGGUGGCGUGGCCGGAACGGGUCUCCAGCGCCAGGGCUCGCUGACGCUGCCGCGGACUCUCAGCCAGAAGACGGUCGACGAGGUGUGGAGGGACUUCAUCCGGGAGGGCGGCCAGGGUUCGAGCAUCAGCACCGGCCUCCACCAGCAGCGGCAACCGACCCUCGGGGAAAUGACCCUCGAGGAAUUUCUAGUGAGAGCUGGAGUUGUUAGAGAGGACAUGACUCAGCCAGGGGUGCCGAGGCCGAUUGGUAAUAGCAGUAACAACAGCAAUACCAACAGCAAUGUGUUUUAUGGAGAGUUGCCGAAUUCAAACAAUAAUACCGGGCCUGCUCUCGGGUUCCCUCAGACGAGUCUGAGCAAUGGGACCGUGGUGACAAACGCAUUUCCCAACAGCUCCGGUGCCAAUUUAGCGAUGCCGGGUACCGGGACGAGGCCAUAUGCAGCUCCUCUGCCUCUGGGAAAUACUGCUGAUUUGGGGACACCACAGGGGUUGAUAGGGGAUGGAGUCAUGGGGAUUGGAGAUCAGGGUAUGAACAAUGGAAUGAUGCCUGGCGUGGUUGGUGUGGGGGGAGCUGGGGUUACAGUUGCAGCCAUGGGUUCCCCAGUGAACCAGAUGCCGACGGAUGGGCUUAGCAAGGGCAAUGGGAACCUGUCAUCCCUGUCCCCAGUUCCAUAUAUGUUCACCGGGGGCCUUAGGGGGAGGAAAUGCAGCGGGGCAGUGGAGAAGGUAGUGGAGAGGAGACAGAGGAGAAUGAUCAAGAAUAGAGAGUCUGCUGCGAGAUCACGUGCACGUAAGCAGGCCUAUACUAUGGAGUUGGAAGCUGAAGUAGCAAAACUAAAAGAACUAAACCAGGAAUUGCAGAAGAAACAGGAAGAGAUGAUGGAGAUGCAGAAAAAUAAGGUCUUGGAGAUAAUCAAUCAGCAGCAUGUACCUAAGAAACGAUGCUUGAGAAGGACACUAACAGGUCCAUGGUAAAGUAAGGCCGCAUAGACAGUCAGAAAUAAGUGAGAUAUAUCAUAUUCUAUUUUGAAGGAUAGAUGUAUAUAUAGUAGGAGAUUCUGUCAUCUGCUGUAAAUUAAGAAUCAAGAGUUCUAUUUUGUAGAUUAAGCUUCCACCCAUGUUGGUUUGCUCCUUUCUGAUUAUCUCUGUUCUCGUCCCUAGCAUGAUAUAGAUGACGGUCAUUCUAGUGUUUAGGACUAGUUGUCUAUGUGGAUCUCUCUCACCUACUCAUCCGCGUUGCAUUAGUUCUUUGAUUCCCAUAAAGGGCACAGUCAUAUGUCCACGUAACCAUCUAAGCAUUUAUUCCACGUCCCGCAGAUUUACGAUUGGAUCUUUUGCUUCCUCGAGAAAGUUUUCAGACUAAAUAUCUCUAAUUGAUCUUUUGUUCCUUUUGAGUGAUUUAUGUACGUUAGUUUAUUUGCAUCUUUACAUCCAAGCAUCUGUUCUCAGAGGUCUGUCUUUUGUCUUCUCAAACUCUCUUUUAUUUAGAGCUCUAGAUUUUGGUCAUUGCGACUCUGGCAAGAAUCUGGAUGUAGAUGUAGGUUCUGGUGAUAAAGUGUUGCAGACAUCCUCUUUUCAUGUACCAGAGUAUGUGCUGGUCGACUCCUGCUGGUUUUCUUUUGAAGUCAGAGAAAGUGGUAACAGAUGUAUGUUGUUACCUGAUGCCUUUUCUUAUGUUGUGCUCGUGCUCUUAUACGCAUGUAUCUGACUGUAUUCGUACAGGCUCGGGAUGGGGCAUGUUUUAGUGUUCAUGUACCGACUGACAGUGUGAUGGUUGGGUUUGUUCUAUGGAACAAUAAAUGCUUACUUUCAUUGCUUUCUAGAAUCAUUUAUUUUAGUUAA